UCGAGUGGAAGACGGAGAUUGGGUAGUGACAACAGCAGCAGCAGCUGGUGACGGAGGUGGAGGAGGAGGAGGAGGGUAGACUGGAGCUAAAGAGUGGCGCUCCGGGGGAAUGGACAGCAUUUAAAGCCACAACGGUUUUCUGGCAACCAGGUGAAACGUCAGUGGAGUCAUGGAGGACGACAGCAGCUUCAUAGAGUUUGAUGUGCCAGAGUUCAGCAAUACUGUCCUUAAGCAGCUCAAUGAGCUGCGGCUCCAGGGUAAGCUCUGCGAUAUUAUUGUGCACAUCCAGGGCCGACCAUUCCAGGCACACAAAGCUGUGCUGGCUGCCAGUUCACCAUAUUUCCGUGACCAUUCAUCUCUAGGCACCAUGAGUGGGCUCUCCAUCUCAGUGAUCAAGAACCCCGCAGUGUUUGAGCAGCUAUUAACCUUUUGCUAUACGGGACACAUGGAGCUACAUCUGCGUGAUGUUGUAAGUUUCCUCACUGCUGCCAGCUUCCUGCAAAUGCAGGCUGUCAUUGACAAGUGUACACAGAUCCUGGAGGGCCUCCACUCAAAGAUUAGUCUGCCUGUGGUUUCUGGCCGGGCAGAAGCUGAAGAAGACCUUGAUUCUAGAGCUGGACACAAUGGUGCAAAAGAUGUGGGCAUUUUUUUGAAUCCUACCCAGAUUUCCCCACCUUAUUACCCUAGGAAAAGCCAUCGAGUAGAGGCAAGUGGAGGUGGAAAAGGGCUUGCACACUUAACAGAGGAAGGGCAAUCGGAUCGAGGAAGUGAUUGUGCUUCAGAGCAGGAGGCAUCAAUGGAAGCAGAGCCUGAUCACGUGGACUUGAUUGAGAAGAAUGGGCAAGUCACCGACAUUCAAAUCAAGCUGGAAAAAACAGAGCGGCCCACCUACUCAGACAGCUCGUCAGCGGGCGAUGAUAGCUACCACACAGAACUGGUGGAUGGUGAGCAAGUUUUAGCUGUGACUGUAGGACCUUAUGGGCCAGUGCCAUCCCCUGCUCAGUACACCUAUUCGACACUCUCUUCAUCUUGCUUUGUAGGUAUCAGUCCAUCCAGUCCCUCUCAGUCGAUUCUCAGCGGGCUUCGAGGUGGCCGCACCAGACCUAAGCGCAGUAUGCCAGUCCCAGCUGAUGUUCUUCCUCAGCUUAAGCCAGGCACAGAGGAUGGAGAGGGAAUAGCAUCUGGAGUUGUUUUUGAGAAUGACGUCAGGGAACGAGGUCUGCGUGGCCACUGGUAUCCCUUCAACGAGCGCCUUGUGUGUGUCUACUGUGGCAAGUCCUUCAACCAGAAAGGCAGCCUGGACCGCCACAUGCGUUUGCACAUGGGCAUUACUCCAUUUGUCUGCAAGUACUGUGGCAAGAAGUACACUCGCAAAGACCAACUAGAGUAUCACAUCCGUGGUCACACAGACAAUAAACCCUUCCACUGCCAGAUUUGUGGCAAGUGCUUCCCUUUUCAGGGCACCCUCAACCAGCACUUGCGUAAGAAGCACAUGGGUUCCGGCGUUGAGAUGAACAACCACACAGGCCCACAAGGAGACGCAGCAGAUGGCCAAAGAGGGGCACCAGUGGAGGUCUCCGAGAACGUCUACAAUGAUGCAUAUAACGAAGAUGGGUCUGCAAAAAUCGCAAGCGAGGAGAGUGUAAAGGGCACUGCUGAAGAACCGCCUGGGUCCAGAUGUGAUUAUUAAGUAAUUGAGAUAAUAGUGAGUUUCAUUCUGCGAUGUGCAGCCUUUAAAGUUUGACCGUUUGUAGAGAAGUAGGUGUUGAACCUGCCUUGCACAUUUUCUAUUUGUGCAUUUUUGUGAUCUGGUUUAAGAAGAGAUAACGCAUUCUUAAUAAGCAAGUUUUUCAAAAGGUGAGGGGAAUUGUAGUCAGGGAGAAGGAUUGAGUGGGAUAUCUCAAUAAUUAAGGCCUUUAAAGAGUUUUUUUAAAUGUUUUUUUAUAGAUAAAUAUUUCCAUGUUUUUAAGCGUAGAGUAAUAUAGGCAUGUUGCAAUAAUGAAUAAUGUGAAAGCUCAGAUAAGAUGCUUGUCAUAUCAUGCUUUUACCUGACCUGUUUUUGCACAUUUGGCCUUAAGUAGGCCAAUAACUCACAAGGAUUGGUUUUACCUACCAGUGCAAAAGCUCUGUGACACAUCUGUUCAAUACCUCAUCAUACAAUGUAACAUACUCAAAAUAAGACAGUAUUGUCAGUUUAUUUAGCUUCAAUCGGGUUCUUCCUCAGUCCAGAACCUGAAAGGAAGUCAAGAUGCAUCUUGUUUUAAAGGUUUCAGUUGCUUUUACAUAGCAAUAUUGGCACAACACAUUUCCACUACACAAAACCUUGGUACUACAGUGAACUUUCUUUGAGUCUGUAUGAAAUCCUAACUGCUUUUAUUAGAUUUGUUAAAAAUGCUAUAUGUUUUAGAGAGAGGUGCUUUUUGGGUGGUUAGGGUUAAGUUGAUUUAUAGUCUACCUGCUCUGUGCAGCAUUAAGGAUGGGGAAUUAAACAAACCGAUAUUAUGACUUGUAUAGGUAUUUACAUCAACAGCAAAAAUAUACACAUAACUGACAUAACUGAUUAUUUAUAAUGCAAGAAAACAUAUUUCCUCUAGAUUUUUAGAGAUUUUAAUACAAGGAAGUCAUUAUAUUUAAAAAAAAAAAAAAAAUACAACAAAUCAGAAGAGCUAAUGUUGAUUUGAGUUUUACUGUUGCAAUAUUUGUUUGUUGUUGGUUUUCUAACAACAACUUGUGCUGGGCCAGAGCUUCCACUGUAAAAAAUCCUAAUGCUCAGAAACCUCUCUGAGCAGCACAGUUAUAAUCUCAGUACUGAAAAUCAUGCCGAAACUCCUCAACACUAAACAAGCAUUGAAUGCAUUUUUAGAUUAGAUUAGUGUAAGAUGAGUGUCAGUACAAGCUAAUAGAUAGUGUGUUGCUAUACACAGCUCUGGUGAGCCACAUCAGCCAGCUUGGGGAUGAAUGUCUUUUGUUGCCCUUAAAGCUUCCUUUAAUUUAUUCAACAUCAGAAAUAUUUAGAGGAAGUGUCAAUUUCAAUUCUGUCGGUAUAAUCUUAGCUUCUAUAUUUGUGAAGAAAUUACCAAAAAAUUUUUUUUUACGAAUUUGUUGAAAUUUCCUUUUACAGAGUUGGCACUCAAACUCCUUAGAAAUUUGAUUAAGUACUAAUCCCAAGAUCACUGCUUCUUAAAUCAUCAUCAGCAGUGCAAUAUCAUUUUACACACACACAAAAGCAGGAAUAUCAGGCACUAAAAGGGAUUAUAUAUUCUUAAGCUCAAAAUAACUGUGCCUGUCAGAAUUGGGUCAAUAAGUUUCUCAUCUUAAAACAAGAAUAUAAGCACUGUCUGCAAGAAAACGUCGAUGAUACUCUAUAUACAGUCAUUCAUUUUUAUAUUUUUAAACAUGAAAGGAUUAUUUGAGCUUAGAGUGUUUAAAAAUGUAAAGCUUGUAGAUAUGGAAUUGAUUCUAGGAGCGUGUUUGUCUAACAGUGAGAAGAAUGCUGCUGCGCUAUUAGCCAUAAAAUAUGACUCUGGAAAUUAACUCUAAAACCUACUGUUGGGGAAAUCAUAGUAAUCUUAUCUAUUCAGGCCAAAAAGAAGUAUAAACAGUUGUACUGUUCAAAGUUCUGACAGUAUUUUUUAAAUCUACUGAAAAAUGAACUUCUUAGCCUUUAGAUUAAACCUUGUUGUCUUUGAAGGCACACAAGUUUUCAUCCCCAAGAAUGAAACUUUUAUGUAUGGCAAAUUUUAUGUAAUCUGGAUGACUGUAAGAUUUUCUUUCUUCACUGACCGACAUUAGAUAAUGGUGUUUGUUCUAAUCUCUGUGGUCUCCAGUCUACUUCACACUUCCAUUAUAAGUUAGCUGAAAAGGUUUACCUCUGACAAUCUGUGGAUAUAUUUUUCCAAGUAGUUUGGAAAACGUUGACUCACAAUGCUCUAUUUAUACUCUUCAAAAUUUGUGUUAAUAAUUCAGUCACUGUAAACGUUGAGUGCUCUUUGCCCUGCAAGACACUUGUGCAGAUUGCCCCAGGGCUGGCAUGGCCUCUUUAACACAUACCACUUAUGCUAGGCAUUUCGCAUUUACUAUCGAAACCCCCUUACUGAAAAUCAUAGCACUUAAUUUGAAAUUAUUCGUCAUUAGCCUGUGUCUACAGUAUUGUAAUGUUUUUCCUCAUUUUAUAGAUAACAUACAGCAUUUUCUUCCUUAGACCAAAGCAGAUGGUUUUAUGGUUAAUGUACUAAUGGUGCUUUCUUUUUCUUUUCUUUUUUCCAUUAUUUUAUAGACACUGUUAGUUUAUUUAAAUCAGUUUGGCUUCAUAUUUCUAUGUUUUAUGUUGUGAGUACUUUCAAGGAAACUGUCAAACCCUUUGUCUUAAAAAGGCUUGUUAUGUAAGGUGAGAUUUCGCACUGAGAAAAGUACCAGUGCUUUAGAGAAUCCUGUGGAGGUUCUGUUUUCUUUUAACUUUUCCUUAAAUAUGUUUUAUUUAGCUUUUUAUCCUUUUUUUUUUCUUUUUCUUAAGUGUUUUUCUUGUGAAAAAAUUGUCAAAAGGUUUCAAAGCCUAGGUUUGCGAGCAGGUAUAAACUGAUUGUUGCUAGUUGCAUGUCUGUACUCAGAAUGGCUGUAGCAGUCAGCAGUGAUCAUCGGAAGGUCCCUUUCCAUUUUGAGAAUGAAGAGUAGCUGACAUUCUACACAACAGAUGGUCUACAGUCAAUUAUGUACCUACCAUAAGAUGGAUGUACUCAUAUCUAGUGCCCACAGCUAUUGUUCUGGUGAAAAUGACAUGUUUUUGAUCACAUGUAUUAAAGAGAUUAGAGUAUGUCUGCCUAAUAGUUAAUGCAAUCUUGGCCACUAACCAAAGAGCAAGCCAAAAAAAUGUGUGUGAUAGUUAUGUACACUGCGCAGUUGAGUGUUAAGAGCAAACCCAAAUCCCACAACCAUUGAGAAAUCAUGAAAUUAUUUUGAGUUCUUAUGUGUUUUUUUUCUUCUUCUUUUUUUUUUCUCUCUCUGGCUCCUUAUUUUAAUUCCUCUCUCCAUACUCUCCUUUUUUUUAAAAAUGUGUAUGAACAAAGGAGCAAAUCUGCUUCAUUGCAGUUAAGGUAAAUGUAACUUAAGCCAUAAACAUGUGAUAGCAGUGGUGGAAUGACUGGAUGUUUUAUUUCUUUGAAGAACAAAUAAGUUUGAAACAUCAGUUCUUAUUGAAUAAUCUGUAUUAGGAUUAAAUCUGUGCCUUGCCACAAGAAAUGCUAAUUUACCCGAUAUACCCCUUUUCUAAAGUCGGUUACAGGACAGAUACAUUGUUUGUGCAUGAAUCAGUUCAUUUUGGUCAUGUGUAUUUAUCAAGCAAUUGACACUUAUGCUUAUUAACACCACUUGUCAGGGUUCUCGCUUUAUAAAUGCAUAUAAUCUUGUACCUGUUGCUUUUAUGUGUUAUACUAUGUGUUAAAGUUUUACAGAGUUAAGAAGUUAAAUGCAGUAGCAGAGGUGUUGCAUUAAUAAAUGUAAUAUGCAGUUUUGACCGGAAGAGAUUGUAGCAGGUCAUAAAGGGACAAUCAGACAGCUUCAUACACGCGAAGCUACCUCUUGAAAUAAGUGAUAUUAUACCUUCGACUAUUGAAUUUAACUUUAAUUAGAUUUUGGUGAGAAUGAAUCCUUUUAUUGUGCCAGCCACUCUGCAGUUUAAUAUUGAAGUGCAUGCUAGACCACUUGUAGAUGUAGAUAUGUACUGCAUGGUGGUUACCACAUUUAUAACAAAAACUGAGAUGGAGAUCUGUAUUUCUGUUUAUAUAUUUUAUUUUUGUUUUAAAUGUUAUUGUCUGGCAUGCACUUAAGAUGAACUUUCUUUUUUUUAAUGUAAUCAAAAGAUAUUCUAAAUAGAGGGGACUAGCUUACCAUAACUUACUCCUCUUUAAUGGGACUCAAAUAUAAGGCCUCAAAUAUUUCACUUCUAGGGAGUUUUAACCUUUUUAAUGGUGCUUUUAGACUGGUCAGGUGUAUUUGAUUUUCUAUACUAAUACAUAUGUACAUAAGGGACAUGGUGAUUUUAAAUAUGGUUGAGUAUAACAAGAUUAGUGUCAAUCAAUUCAUUUUGAACUGUUCACUGUUUGUGUUCAAAUCGCAGAAAGGCCAGGCAGUUACUAUGAGCUGUGAGCAUGAAUCAGAAUUAAGGGUUCAAAGGAAUAGCUAUAGGACUACUUUAAGAAUUUGCAGCUUGUCCUUAUAUCAAAGCUGACUUGCUUCAGGUAGUUUAUGAACACUGAUAUUAGUUACAAAGUCUUCCAUUGCUUCUCUGCUUCCAACAUGUCCCCACUGUGUGAUAUGCAAAAGCAAUAUCCUUUUUUUAAACAGUUUGGCACUGCAGUCUGUUGCACAUUACAGAAGAAUCAAGUGUCAAUGUGAGUGCUAUCGGUGAUAUCAGGGAGCCAUGGAGAUGAUGAUGAUGAUUAUAAUGAUUAUUACUAAGAGUCUUGUGAAAAUUUGGAUACAUUGUGUGGAAAUGCUUCAUAGUUUGGCUUCUUGGUUUAAUACGGUUCAUAGGCCAUAUAUCAACCGAAAGCUACGAGUUUCUGAGCCUCAUGGAUGUUUUGUUUGUGCAUUUGUCGACAUUUGAACUCCAUCCAUCUGCCACGUCACUGCAGCCAGUUCAAUGCUGUAUCUGUAUCAAAAAUGAAACGGCAUCCUGGGGGGGGGGGGAUAUGCUGCUUCCCUGAGAGCCAGAAGAUAUCUUCCACAUCCUCGUAUACUGGGACUGCAGAUCAAAUUAAGACCAUCAGAGCUUGUACACACCGUACUGAAAGUAAUAAGUAUGUCUUAUUGGUGGAUUUCUGCUAUCAAACAGUCCUUGGAAUUCUGUUUGCUUCUAGUUCUCAUGUAUUCUGUGAUAUGGCAAAAAAAAAAAAAAUACAACUCAGGGUUUACUAGUAUUCAGCUAUGGCCACUUUGGACAUGCAGUGCAUUUUGUAUGUUCAAAUUAAUCAUGCACUUUUACUUCAGGUUGGGGAAGCAAGUCCUCAGUCAAUGGUUCCCAAAAAAAUCAGUCUGCCUCAUGGGUGUCUGUAAAACACCCACCUUUUUUCCGUUUUUACUUUCUGUAUCCAUGGGUUGAGCACAGGGCUUUAGCAUCGAGGAAACGCUGGAGAUCUUUGAGCCUUUUCCAUGGAAGUAUCUCUCUGUAAUCCACUAUAUUAACAACCUCACAAACCCUACUGUGAACCUCAGAAAUUCUACUGUUUUAUACAAUUAUGAAGUACAUUAAAGCUAGCUGGUGCCAAUGCUGUAAACAUUAACUCGCCAUUUUUGAAUUUUGUUUCAUAGCAUGAAAUAAUAUAUUUAUUCAAAUGAUAUAUUUUGCUCAUAAUCAUUCUGUGCUGCUUUUUUGUUUGUUUUACAGAGCUUGUAAAUUGCUUUUUUAUGAUCUAUAAAUGACAAUAGAUGCACAAAAUGCAAACUGCAUUUAUUCGUAAAAUAAAGAUGCUGAUUUGGCAA